CGGAGCCGGGAGAGGUUCUGAGAAGAAAAGAGCAAGGGACAGCUGCGGCGCGGGAACGGAGCUGGGGGCACAACAUCCGCGGUGUCUCCUCUGGGUUCCAGCCAACCGGGUCCGCAACGUGAGGAAGAAAAUCUCCCUGCACCUGCCACCCGCCCUCGAAGGAGUAUCUGAGAGCGUUUCCGAAGCCCGCUCUAGGAGCCCCUUUGCCCGCAGCGCCGUGGGACUAGAGUAGCGAGGCAACCCGGGUGCCGGCUCCAGGCUUCCACUCUUCGGGAAGAGCACAGUGGGGAUCAGUGCCUUCCCUCACUGGGCACAACUCUGGGACCAGCAGCGCGCGGCUGGACCAAGUACCGCUUCCCGCCGACUCACCCAGAGUGAAGGGACAGCCCCUGCCCUCCCGCCCGCUUCCACUUCUUGUAGUGCUACCUUCCCCAGCACCUGCGCGGAUCCCCCACGCCCAGGUGGCGAGCCCCUUGGCUCCCGGUCCCUGCAGCGCCCCUGGCCCGAUGAAAAGCGCGCCGGUUGCAUUUCCUUGAGUGCGGGAGCCAGCUGGCAUCCUAGCCGAGCCCUGGGGUCCGCCGGCUCGUCCCCCUCUGGGGUGUCGGAGAGAACCGGGAAGUGCGCACCAUGAAGUCCGUGCUGUUCAGUCGCUUUUUCAUCCUCCUGCCCUGGAUCCUAAUUGUCAUCAUCAUGCUCGACGUGGACACGCGCAGGCCUGCGCCCCCCCUUACUCCGCGCCCCUACUUCUCUCCCUACCCAGUGGGCCGCGGGGGCGUCCGACUCCCGCUCCGCAGAGGUAGCUCCGGGCGCGGUGCGGAGAAGCGCAACGAGUCGCGGCCGCGGCCGCAGCCGGAGCCGCUGCUGCCCACCAUUUAUGCCAUCACGCCCACCUACAGCCGCCCGGUGCAAAAAGCCGAGCUGACCCGCCUGGCCAACACGUUCCGCCAGGUGGCGCAGCUGCACUGGAUCCUGGUGGAGGAUGCGGCGGCGCGCAGCGAACUGGUGAGCCGCUUCCUGGCGCGGGCCGGGCUGCCCAACACGCACCUGCAUGUGCCCACGCCGCGGCGCUAUAAACGGCCAGGGUUGCCGCGCGCCACGGAGCAACGCAACGCGGGCCUAGCCUGGCUGCGGCAGAGGCAUCAGCACCAGCGCGCGCAGCCAGGUGUGCUCUUCUUCGCAGACGAUGACAACACCUACAGUCUGGAGCUCUUCCAGGAGAUGCGAACCACGCGUAAGGUUUCUGUCUGGCCAGUGGGCCUGGUUGGUGGUCGACGCUAUGAACGUCCAUUGGUGGAAAAUGGAAAAGUCGUUGGUUGGUACACCGGCUGGAGAGCAGACAGGCCUUUUGCCAUCGACAUGGCAGGAUUUGCUGUAAGUCUUCAAGUCAUCUUGUCUAAUCCAAAAGCUGUAUUUAAGCGUCGUGGGUCCCAGCCAGGGAUGCAAGAAUCUGACUUUCUAAAACAGAUAACAACAGUGGAAGAACUGGAACCAAAAGCAAAUAACUGCACCAAGGUUCUUGUGUGGCACACUCGGACAGAGAAGGUUAAUCUAGCCAACGAGCCCAAGUACCAUCUGGACACAGUGAAAAUUGAGGUGUAAGAUGAAGCAAAAACUGGCACAAUCAACCUGGCCAGUGAUGUGGAAGAGGAUGACUGGUGUUUAGGAUGCAGAGCAUUCAGGUAUUGUUUAUUUUACUUCAGUACAACAGCCUUUAUUGUCAUCUGAUGGACAUCUGUCUAAACAGAGCUUGUCAAUUAAUGUAACUAAUUUGAUGGUACAAAAUUUAUGUUUUGUCUUCAUUUUUUCUGCAUGUUUUCUCUCCAACUUAACUGGAGAAUUUUUGUACAGUACAGCUAAUGAUGCAAAAUACCAAUCUCAAUAUCUUAUUUAAUUUUUCUGUUCCCCCCUCAUUUGGCCUGAUAAUUGGUAGAACUGAAUAGGUGUAAUACUUGCCCAUGACAAGUAUUUUGUCAAUUGAACAUUACCAAUUCCUAACUUCACAUGAAGUAAAUUUUGGAAGGCUUGUGGCAGUAUUCAUUAUAGGAGGAAAAAAAAAAAGUCCACAAAUAAAAAGGUCUAUGGAUUUAUCUGUUUAAUAUAUAGGGAAAUAACAUUUUGUCAAUACUAGGCACCAUAAAAUGUAAACACAAUUACUGUCAUAAACCUGGAUAUACCUUCAAGGAUUAAAAGUGGCUUUUAGUUACCCUGUUUGCAUAUAGUGCAGAAAAAGGUCUUCAUGUUAGCACUAUGUACAUAAGAAGAGAUCCAAAUUAUAGAAGGCAGGUAAAAUUCAAAUUCUUUAAACAUUCAUUAAAUUAAGUUUUAUAGUAACAUCCAGGUUUAUCUUCCUUUCACUAACCACGUUCCCUGUUAAGCACAUCAUAACAACAGCACAGUGAAGUGAAUGAUGAAAUAAAAGAAUUUUGAUACACUAGAAAACAGUGCUCAGUGAUACAUUUACAUUCUAUUUAUAUGAUUAAACAUUUGAUCAUACAGUACCUUCCUACAGGAUUACUGGCUAAUUUGGGGGUGGGGUUUAUACUGUUAGAGGUAUUACUAACAUGAUAACUACUUCCCUUAUAUGCAAACAUUAGAGCUAUAAUUUUAUUGAGUAAAACUGAUUAUGCAAGUUGACUGAGCAGCUUCUCAAAUAAUGAGGUUUUAUGAGAUCAUGGGAAACAUGAGCAAAGCUGCCCCUGACAUAAAAUGGUUCUUCAACCUGCUUUUCACCACAUCAAAUUUAAUCAGUAACAGACCAACACGGUCAAUCAGGUAAUUCCUAAUAUGAACAAAUGGGGGGAAAAGAAAAAAAAAUAUAUGUACAUGAAUAAACAGGGGAACUAGAUGCGUUUUAGCAAGGAAUGUCAGGUGUUAAUUCUGGAUGAAACUUGUAUUGCAGUUUUCAUUUCCACAGUUGUGUGCUCAGAGUCUGACCCGAUGAGCUUCCAGACCAUCCUGCUGUUGUGUUGGGGGGCUGGCCAAAACCUGCUGCAGGGUUUGCACUAUUGAUACUCAUGCCAGCCAUUUGCUGAUUCAUCUGUGAAACACACAAAAGACUUAGUUUAAGAGGAUUACUUCAUUUUCAGUUCUUGCUUCUUUAGCCACAGUUGGGUAUUUUUUCAUCAAUGUGAAAAUUAGUUAAAGCACUUAGUCUUUCACCUAACAUAUACAUAUUUCUUUACAGAAAGCAAAUACAUACUUUGUUCCCUUGUUAUUUUCUUCCACUUUUUAGUAUCAUUUUCAUUCAUUUUCUAGAUCCAAUUUCUUUUUUUUUAAUAUUUUAAUUUUUUAGUUGUAGUUGGACACAAUACCUUUAUUUUAUUUGUUACAUGGUGCUGAGGAUACAACUCAGGGCCUCACAUGUGCUCUACCACUGAGCUACAACCCCAGCCCUAGAUUAAAUUUCUUAUUAACCCUAACUGAAUGGGGAGAGAACAAUCUUUGAAUUUGCAUAUGGGAUUAUAUUAUAAAAUAAGUCCAUUACUCUUUAUUUUGAGAUACUGUACUAAGAACUAAGAAAAUUUCAUAAAGUAAAAUAUUCUAAAAUUAUCCUAUAAACCUAGCAUGAUGGCUAUAAUUCUCUAUUAAAAUCUUAAAUGGGUCUUUAUACUUUUAAAUAUUAAAGUUCAUAAAGACCAUUUUUCCUCUUUGUUCUAACAACACUAACAGUUAAAAUUUGCAGUAUGAAAUUUCUUCCAGAUUGGAGUCAAGUAUAUUUAUAAGCAAGCCUCUUAGCCCUAUGGUUCUCUUACUCUCAGGAUUGGUGAUAAGAGAAGGAAAGGCGAAAUUUACCAUCAUGUACAGAGUGAAUUCGAAACCUGUGCUCAGGGUAAGAUUGUAUUCUAUUUGCAAUUUCUGAAAGACAAGAACAACUACAUUGCUGAUCAGACAUAAGUGUCUGAAGGGCAGGCAGAUUACAUUUUCAUACCUACUGAAGGAUAUUUUAACCACUUUAUCAUUGGCCAAUAAAUUUCACUGACAGUGCAAAAGGGCGAUGCUAUUCUCCAGCACACUAUCUGAGAGUUAGGCCAACAUUAACACCUUAUGGGUUAAUCUGCAUUUAAAUCCGAGCUGAAUGUGUUAGCACUUUGGCCACAUAAAGCUGUUACUGAUAUUUAGUACUUGAGAUUCCUAGAAGGUAGAGACUUCUGUGAAUCACGAGUGUAAAUAAAUAAAUAAAUUGAAACAUUCAUAUGAUAUACAAUAAUUCUGCUACAAUCAUUAGAAUCAAGACUAUUCCCUGAAUGUUCUCAAGGUAAAACUCUGAUCACUUAGAUUUAUGUUCCUCUUCCCCAUUUGGUGGUCUUGAUUUCUAAGUCUAGGAGCUUUUGUCUAUGGAGCUAAAUUCAGAACACAGUGCCUAAGAUAGAAAUGUUCUUUUGGCUCUAAACAAACUUAGGUAGAAAAAGAAUUUUAUAAUAUGAAGGAAUGUCUGAGACAAGUACAGACUUUUCAUACUUAUAGGAAUUCUUGAGCCAGUGGAUACACUUUAAAUAUAAAGUCAUUACAGAUCAUAUAAAAAAGGAAAUACAAUUUUACAAGGAUUACUGAACAAAAAAAGUUUCUAUAAAUCCAUGGGCAGUAGUCACAGGACUUGAAGACAGCUUUGAUCCCUCAUAAAAUUGUACUUUGAUAAUAUGAGGCUGUAUUUUUCUCAUCUGUGAAAGUUAAGCAAAAAAGAUCCAAAAAUUUGCCGGUACAAUGGCACACACCUGUAAUCCCAGUAGUUCAGGAGGCUGAGGUAGGAGGAUCAUGAGUUCAAAGCUAGUCUAAGCAACUCUGCAUCACCCUAUCUCUAAAUAAAAUAUUUUAACAGGGUUGGGGAUGUGGCUCAGUAGUUAAGUAGUGCCCCUGGGUUCAAUUCUCAGUACUAAAUAAAUAAAUAACUGGUAAAGAUAGGUUGGUCUAAGUAGACUUCAAAAACAUCCUACUAGGGAGCCAGGAAAAUCCUGACGCUAACCUCAAAGGUGGCAGACAAGAAGUCUCUCAUCAUGCCUCAGAUAAAUUUCUAGCUAUUAUAAAUAGAUUAGGCAUUUUUACCAUGACAGUAGUGUUAUAAUCUGAAAUAAAGAAAAAAGGAACCUAACAGUUCUUUACAAAAUAGGGACAAUGACAAAGCAUUUAUCUCUCUGAUGCAACUUUUGAUCUUAUAUUAUCCCUAGUCAAUUUCCUUGAUAGAGUAAAUGACUCCUACCUGUGAGAGGCUCCACUGAGGCUGUUGAGCUUGUGGGAGGCCAAACUUACUCUGAGGUGCACCCAUCUGUCCUACCAUUCCUCCUUGAGGAGCAACAACAUUUUGAGGAAGUGGCAUCACACCAGUUUGUGCAUUUCCCAUAAACCCAUUAGGCAUGGGCAUGCCCACCAUCAUGCCUGUACUCUGUCCCAUCACAUUUCCUAGAAGGCUGGGCGCUGCAGGCACAGGUACACCCAUUGAUGGAAAACCUUGAAAUGCAGCCGGUGCUUGUGAGGUAAAUGGUAUAUUUGUGGGUCCCAUAAACACACCUGUAACACAAGAACCAUGAAGAGAAAAAGAGGGCUAUUGUAUAUAGUUACACUCACCUCUAUAGACACAGAAAAAGGAUUACCAUUUUCUGAUAUACCUACAGCAAAAAUUUUCACUCUGAUCUGGCUGUUUUUCCUCCUACGAACAGCCCAAACCUAAACAUUCAGAGCUGUUUAUUUCUAGAAUAAGCAAAUCAGUUAUUAACCUGAGAAAAUUUAAUUAGAAAAUAAAACUCUCAGGCAAUAGCCACAUUAAAUACCUCCACUGUAAAGACCAAAUUACUCAGCAUGAGAGUAUCUGCUUUCUCUGCUGACUUGCACCACAUGUCUCCCAGUACCAAACAGGCAAAUGAGAGUUGACUAUAUUUGGCUUUAUAACGAAGUAGUUGGAUUGUUAUACAAUUUCAGCCCAUAUGUGAAAUGCAACUCACUAUUUAAGAGGAAAUGGUCUAGACAGAUUAAAACUGAAUAAAUUUUAUGCUAGUUUUUCACUGUAAUGACAAAACAUUUCAAAGUGUUUGGAAUCAUGUAAUAAUUCAGACUGCUUAUUGUUUACUUACAGUAGUACACAGUCAUAAACUUCCUGUAAAUAAAAUUUCAAUAAUUCUUCAAAGAUAAUCCAUGUCCUAUAAACUUGUGAAAAAAUAUUAAGUGAUACAUGAACAGCUUGUUAAAUUCUAACUGAAUAAAGUUUUGUGAAUUCUGUA